UAACGGGUGAUCUCAUUGUCCUCUUGUGUUUCGGGGAGACAAACCAUGCAUGCUUGAUGCAAGGCAAGCCGCAGCAGCAGCCCAUGCUCGAUGACGCGGAAUCGAUGGGAUGAGUAGGCCGGCGAUGACCAACGGCCGACGUCUCACUCGAGAACUCUCUGGCUGCGACCCAGUUGUCAGUGGCACACCAUGUUCAAUGUACGGACAUGGAAGCUGCAUCGUCCUGGCUUGGCUGCUCCACGUGCUUUGUCUGUCGUCGUACCUGCCUUGACGACAUCGGUGGGACAACAGGACCACAACAGCGUAGAGAUCGGCGAAUCGCCUGGUCAGCCUAGCUGCAACAUUCGGCUCGGCACAUGGCUUUCAAUGCGCCUUGCUGUACCUUGCCUCGUCGAUUGAUUCUUCUUGGCGUCUGUGCUUGGGCUCGACAUAAAUACCAGCAUCGCUC